ACAUCUCCAAAGCUAAGGGGAAGAGAUACUACUCCACGACCAAAAUGGGGACACUUCUUCACACAUACAAGCACAUGCCAUGCACUACUUUCAACCGUGUCUUUGCUAUUAUUUACACUUGUGCCAUCCUUACCCUUAUCUAUCACCAUAUCCUCACCCUGAUCCACCACUCCACCACCAUCAUCUCCGUCAUCACCACCAUCUCCCUCCUCAUCGCCGAUCUUAUCCUCGCCUUCAUGUGGGCCACCACCACCUCCUUUCGCCUCCGCCCCAUCCUUCGACAAGUUUACCCUGAAAACCUAGAGAAAGUCCUUGACAAAAACGACUUUCCAGCCAUAGACAUAUUCAUAUGCACCGCGGAUCCCUACAAAGAGCCGCCUAUUAACGUAGUUAACACCGCGUUGUCUCUUAUGGCGUAUGACUACCCUCCGGAGAAGAUAUCGGUGUAUGUUUCGGAUGAUGGCGGCUCUGAGCUUACUCUUUUUGCUUUCAUGGAGGCUGCAAAGUUUGCAGAGAUUUGGCUUCCAUUUUGUAGGGAUAAUAACAUCAUGGAUAGGUGCCCAGAAGGAUAUUUUAGCUCCAACAACCAUGAGAAGCUGGAUGAUCUUGAGAUCGAGGAGAUUAAGGCUAUGUAUGAGAGUAUGAAGAUAAGGAUCGAAAAUGUUGUGGAGAGAGGUGAAAUAUGCCCCGAUUACAUUACCGAUGAAUCACAACGUCAAAUUUUCAAUAAUUAUCGAACUCCAGGGUUUAGUCGUGCAAACCAUCCCGCCAUUAUUCAGGUAUUGAAAGAGAGUGCCAAAGAAACAGAUAACAAGGGUCAGUGGAUGCCUAAUCUUGUGUAUGUUUCAAGAGAAAAAAACAAAAACUCCCCACAUCAUUUCAAGGCUGGUGCUCUCAAUUCCUUGCUUCGAGUAUCAGGUGUUAUGACCAAUGCCCCAAUAGUUCUUACCCAGGAUUGCGACAUGUACUCUAAUGAUCCUCAAACACCAAAGAGGGCUUUGUGUUAUAUUUCUGACCCGUUAGCUCAACCCAAAUUAGGAUAUGUCCAAUUCCCUCAGCGUUAUCAUGGGCUCAACAAAGAUGACAUCUAUGGUGGUGAGUUCUUGCGUUUAUUUGUAGCGAAUCCGGUUGGGAUGGAGGGUUUACAAGGCCCUUCUUACGUUGGAAGUGGAUGCUUCUUCCGCCGCCGGGUUUUCUUUGGAGGGCCCUCGUCGAUGGUGCAACCAGAAAUACAAGAACUAAGACCGGAUCAUGUGAUGGAGAAUCCCAUUACCACACAAGCAGUUAUAGAAUUGGCCCAUCAUGUGGCUGUGUGCGACUAUGAAAAUGACACGAAGUGGGGAUUCAAAUUGGGUUUUCGGUACGGGUCCCUUGUGGAGGACUAUUUCACAGGAUAUCGAUUACAAUGUGAAGGAUGGGAGUCUAUCUUUUGCCACCCGAGUAGGCCGGCAUUUUUGGGCGAUGUUCCAAUCUCUCUCAUCGAUGCGGUAAGUCAAACAAAGAGAUGGGCUAUUGGGCUUCUUGAGGUUGCCUUCUCAAAAUACACUCCGAUGGUUUUUGGAGCCCGGUACAUGGGGUUUGUUAUGGGUUUAUGCUACGCACACUAUGCUUUUUGGCCCAUUUUGUCCAUUCCCAUCACAAUAUACUCAUUCCUCCCUCAAAUUUCCCUUUUGAAUGGAGUUUACAUCUUCCCAAAGGUGACCGAUCCAUGGUUCUUGUUAUAUGCUUUCCUAUUUCUUGGAGCCUAUGGUCAAGAUUGUUACGACUUCAUGUUGUUCAAAAGCACCUACAAGAGGUGGUGGAAUGAUCAAAGGAUGUGGCUAGUAAGGGGACUCUCACCAUACUCAUUUGGUCUUGUGGAGUACAUAAUAAAACAUUUAGGGAUAGCCACACAAGGAUUUAAUGUAACAAGCAAAGUGCAAGAUGAUAAUCAAAUCAAGAGAUAUGAUCAAGGUCUUAUGGAGUUUGGAAUUCACUCCCCAAUGUUCAUACCAAUCAUAACCGCGUCAAUUGUCAACAUCUUCUCGUUGAUCAUUGGGUUAAUUCGUCUCUUGAACGUCUGGAGUUUGGAAAAGGUGUUUGUGCAACUAUUUAUUUCUGGUUUCGGGGUGUUCAACAGUUGGCCAGUUUAUGAAGCUAUGAUUCUAAGGAGUGAUAAAGGAAGAAUUCCGUUUAAGAGCACGGUUAUAUCAAUAUGUUGGGCCUUGAUUUUAUGUGGCCUGGGUUCUUGCGUCCUAUAAACUAAAAUUAUGUAAUUAGUUGCGAGUAUAUAAGCUUUUUCAUGUACAAAUGUUGUUUAGGGCCAAACCACUUAUAUGAUUAAAUAAGGCUUCUACUAUUCUUACA